AGCAGAUGGAGCAGGGGACACAGCAUAGGAAGCAGAAAGUAGAGAAGCAGAUCAGAAGGAGUAGGAAGCGGAGCAGCAGUUCAGAAAUGUAUAGCCAUGCUGCUUUGUUUAAGAAGGCAGAGGAGCUGUUGGCGAAGAGGAUAAAAGAAGGAGACCCCCUGGCAUAUUUCCUAAAAGGGCAGCUGUACUUUGAAGAGGGAUGGUAUGCCGAUGCAUUCAUACAAUUCGAAAAAAUCAAGGACACAGAUUUUCAAGCUAUGUAUCAACUUGGUGUGAUGCAUUAUGAUGGACUGGGGACCAAAGAAGACCCUGAAAAGGGAGUGGAAUAUAUGGAGAAAAUCAUCAACUCUACCUCCCCCAAAGCAAGGCACUUAAAAUAUGCUGCUGCAUACAACCUUGGUAGAGCAUAUUUUGAAGGAUAUGGUGUUAAGCAUUCAGCAGAAGAGGCAGAAAGACUUUGGCUUAUUGCUGCAGACCAUGGGAAUCCAAAAGCAAGUGUAAAGGCUCAGAGUACCCUUGGAAUGCUUUAUUCUACAACAAAUCCAAAAGACCUGAAGAAGGCAUUUUUCUGGCAUUCAGAAGCUUGUGGCAAUGGAAGUCUGGAGUCACAGGGUGUACUUGGUGUUAUGUAUCUUCAUGGACAAGGUAUACAUCAAAAUACAAAAGCUGCUUUGGAGUGCCUGAAGGAAGCAGCAGAACGUGGCAAUGUCUAUGCUCAAGGCCAUCUUGUUGAGUAUUACUACAAAAGAAAAAUGUAUGCUACAGCUGCCACAUCAGCCAAAAGGGUUGCAGAAAAUGAUAACGUUGAUCUGUUAGCAAAGAUAACAGAUUGCCUUCCUGUAUACAUAGCCAAAGGUGUUGCUAUGGCUACUUUCUACUAUGCUAGAUGUCUCCAGUAUGGCCUAGGCAUGCAACAAGAUCAAGCUGCAGCUAAAAUAUAUUAUUCUAGGGCAUGCCUUCUGGAUCCUGAUAUAGUUUCUGACCUUGAAUUGGCAGCUAAUCAUGGAAAAAUUUAGAACAUUUCAUAUUUAAGCAAAUUCCAAUCCAGUUGCUUCCAGUGUUGUGUAAAAUUUCAGGUAGUAAGCCAUCUUCAGUCGCCGAUGGAUAAUCAACUAUUUCUUUGUUUUUCACCCAUCUGUAAUCAUGAUGAUUGUGCACAGUGUUUGGUGCUUAGAACAAAGCACAUUUUGCUGACAUUGAUUUGUUUUUCAACAGCUCUAACUUAGCUUAAUUGAGGAAAAUUAUUCUCUUAUUUCAUUGUAAGAAAGUUUACUAUGCACUCUAAAUGUUUUGCUGACACAGUGCCAAUGUUUCCUAAAUUAAAAUUGCUGUGUAUAGUCCUUAAGGCCAGCUACAGUCAACUUAGCUAAAGUAACUGUAAGUGGCAGGUUCAUUUACUUACAAAUUCUAAAAAUGCAGCAUCAGCAAAAUCUUGAACUGUCUGAAUACUUGCACUUAAAUAAAAGGUCCCCUUUUCUCACAGUCUGUUCACAAGCCAUAAUCAUAUUUUUAAAUCCAGUAUUGACUAGUAAUCAAUAAUUUAAGAUGCAUGCUUUCCUUUCCACUCAUCUUUUUGCCAGGUACUUUACCACAUCUAGGCCUUCAGUUUCUCCUGGGAGAGUCACUGUUUUCUACUUAGAAGCCAUGAGUAGUGUUCAGAUAUUCAGGAUUUCUGUCCCAGAGCAAAAGUGGCUGCUUCCAGAGAAAACAUUACCUUGAAACAACCAGAAUUAAGUGGCUCCCAAGAGAUUUUCUCCUGGGAGAGCAAACUUCUGCAAAUGUACCUUCUGAGAGAAGCUGCAGCAGUCUUCCAGCAUCCCAGUGUGCUUUGCUCCCAGCCUCCCCUACAGGUCCAGAGAUACAGUGUGUUACAUGGCUUGGACUCUACUGCUCCAGUUGAACAGGGAGCCCCUUCAUAAUGCCCUCAUUGUGUUGCAGGAUCAACCAGUCAGGGCUGUCCUGUGCACAGCUCUCUGUCACCAGACAGAUUGGGCUGCCUGCAGAGCAUGCUCAGAUGCGUACACACAGGCUUCUUGCCUGCACCGUGGCUUGGCAUUCGAACAUCUGGUCAUAGGUCUCUGGGUAAGUUUUUUUGUGAGGAAUACAAACCUGGGAGAAUUUUCCCAGAUCAACUGAACAUGUGCAUGGGGCCUGUGCCUCUGAAAUGCAGCCAAACUUCCUAGCAGAUUACAAUUAGGUAGUAGCUGUACAGGGUUGGGAACUGGCAUGCGUGGCAGAUGCUUUGCUUACAGUUUAAAUCAUGGUAGCCUUUGGUAACGGAAAAUCCAAUUUAUAUAAACUAAUUAUAGAAAAAAUACCUCCAUGCUAAUGUAUAGAUUCCUGCACCAUAAUUCCUUAAUUCUUAUCCAUGCU